AUGGCUAACCCUGGAAACAUUGCUGGCGGUCACAAGGCGACUCUCGCCAACCCUAACAUCUCGGAGGGGGCCAAGCAAAACUCGCAGAAGGUCCUCGACCAGAUGGAGGGCGAAGGUCAGCUCCCCGAGCAAAGCCAGGAUGUUGAAGGGAAAAAUAUGGGUAAUGUCAUCGGCGGCCACAAGGCUACCCUCAAGAACCCUAACAUUUCCGAGGAGGCGAAGGAGCGUUCCAAGCAGGCUCUCGAUGAUCUUCAGAACGAGUAA